AAAAAAAAAAUUCUAUAAAAAUUAAAAAAAUAACAAAACCGCAAUAAAAAAAAAAAUCAGGACCUUUUUUCAAAAAAAAAAAAAAAAAAUCAAGAAAAUAGGUCAUUUAUUAUAACACUAUUUUCCAAAAAAUUAGAACAGGCCUCGGUGUUGUAAUAUUUAUUUUAUUUGCCGUCGUUUUGGUCUAAGACAGUCCAGAUUUCCACGCCGCAGCUGUCGGUACCACCGGCGAUUGAGAAUUAAGCGCGUGUCAAAGUUUUAUUCCCGUUAAAUAAAGAAGACGCACUUUGGAUCGGCUCUCGGAUAGCGGAACAGGGAUCAUGAACGCGGCGGGGAGCAGCUACCCGAUGGCUUCUCUGUACGUGGGCGACCUGCACCCGGACAUCACGGAGGCCAUGCUGUAUGAGAAGUUUAGCCCGGCCGGCCCGGUGCUCUCCAUCCGCGUCUGCCGCGACAUGAUUACGCGCCGCUCCCUGGGCUACGCGUACGUCAACUUCCAGCAGCCGGCGGACGCCGAGAGAGCUCUGGACACGAUGAACUUCGACGUGGUGAAGGGCAAGCCCAUCAGGAUCAUGUGGUCACAGCGAGACCCGUCACUCCGCAAGUCAGGCGUGGGAAACGUCUUCAUCAAAAAUCUGGACAAGUCCAUUGACAACAAGGCCCUGUACGACACCUUCUCAGCCUUCGGGAACAUCCUGUCCUGCAAGGUGGUGUGUGAUGAGAACGGAUCCAAAGGCUACGCGUUCGUACACUUCGAGACGCAGGACGCUGCUGACCGCGCCAUCGAGAAGAUGAACGGCAUGCUGCUGAACGACCGCAAGGUGUUCGUGGGAAGGUUUAAAUCCAGGAAGGAGAGAGAGGCCGAGCUCGGCGCCAAAGCCAAAGAGUUCACCAACGUCUACAUCAAAAACUUCGGCGAGGACAUGGACGACGACAGGCUGAAAGAAAUCUUCGAUAAAUACGGUAAAACUCUGAGUGUGAAAGUGAUGACCGAUCCCAUGGGCAAAUCACGAGGAUUCGGCUUCGUCAGCUACGAGAAACACGAAGAUGCUAACAAGGCCGUGGAGGAGAUGAACGGCACAGAGCUGAACGGUAAGACCGUGUUCGUGGGACGCGCUCAGAAGAAAAUGGAGAGACAAGCCGAGCUGAAGAGGAAGUUCGAGCAGCUCAAGCAGGAGAGGAUCAGCAGAUACCAGGGUGUGAACUUGUACAUCAAAAAUCUGGACGACACCAUCGACGACGAGAAACUGCGCAAAGAAUUCUCUCCUUUCGGCUCCAUCACCAGCGCCAAGGUGAUGCUGGAGGAAGGACGUUCUAAAGGCUUCGGCUUCGUCUGCUUCUCCUCUCCUGAGGAGGCCACAAAGGCCGUGACGGAGAUGAACGGCCGCAUCGUGGGCUCCAAGCCACUGUACGUGGCGCUGGCGCAGCGCAAAGAGGAGCGUAAAGCUCACCUCACCAACCAGUACAUGCAGCGCAUCGCCGGGAUGAGAGCCAUGCCCGCUAACGCCAUCAUCAACCAGUUCCAGCCCACCAGCGGAUACUUCAUGCCCGCCGUGCCGCAGGCCCAGAACAGAACCACGUACUACGCCCCCAGUCAGCUCACCCAGAUGAGACCGAACCCACGCUGGCAACAGCAAGGGGUCAGAGGUCAGGGAGGCUUCCAGGCCGUGCCCAACUCGUUGCGCCAACCCGGCCCCCGUGCCAGCAUCCGUCAUAUUGCACCCAAUGCCAAUGCCCAGGGACCCCGCGCAAUGCCAACAGGUGCCCAGAGAGGGGCUGGCAGCGGUCAGCCCAUGGGGGCUCGCCCUGGACUCGGGGUAACUACACCACGUGCCAUGCCACCCUACAAAUAUGCCACCGCGGUGCGCAACACCCAGCCUCAAGUAGUCCAACCCAUCACCUUACAACAGGCCCAGCCAGCGGUGCAUGUACAGGGUCAGGAGCCUCUGACGGCCUCCAUGCUGGCUGCAGCUCCGCCUCAGGAACAGAAGCAGAUGUUGGGUGAGCGUCUGUUCCCGUUGAUCCAGGCCAUGCACCCGACUCUGGCAGGGAAGAUCACAGGGAUGCUGCUGGAGAUUGAUAAUUCUGAGCUUCUGCACAUGCUCGAGUCCCACGAGUCUCUGCGCUCCAAGGUAGAGGAGGCCGUUGCUGUACUUCAGGCUCAUCAGGCGAAGAAAGACGCGACACAAAAAGCCGGAGUAGCUGCUGCCACUGCUACAUCAUGACGUGGAAAACCUCACGGCCCAAAUGGCUGCAGAGAAGGCUCCCGAAGUGGACACUACUCUGCCUCCGCUGCCUCCUUUCACACCCGGAGACAUACAAAUAAACAUAUAGACGCAAAUAUAUAUAUAUAAAAACAAAACAUAAAAAAAGAGUAAAAGUGAAAGUCAAAAACAUAC